AUGGAAAACCAUGUUGGAAUGGUGAAGGACUACAGCGAUCCACCACCGAAGCCGCUGAUUGGCUCGACGGAGCUUACAAAGUGGUCAUUUUAUAGAGCUACCAAUACAACCGCCGGCCAUGGCGGUAAUCAGUGCGGUGGCGUUGGAAUUCUUGGUAUUGCAUUGGCCUUUGGCGGUAUGAUCUUCGUUCUUGUCUACUGCACUGCUGGAAUUUCCGGGGGACAAAUUAAUCCAGCAGUGACAUUCGGGCUUUUCUUGGCCCGCAAGGUGUCAAUGAUCACAGCCGUUAUGUUUAUGGUGGCUCAGUGUUUGGGGGCCAUUUGUGGCGUCGCGCUGGUGAAGGCGUUACAUAAGUCAAACUACAAGAAAUAUGGCGGCGGCGCAAAUGAGCUCGCCGAUGGCUACAGCGCCGGCGCUGGAUUGGCUGCAGAGAUCAUUGGAACAUUCGUACUUGUCUACACAGUUUUCUCUGCCACUGAUCCCAAGAGAAAUGCCAGGGAUUCCCAUGUCCCUGUUUUGGCACCUCUCUCAAUUGGAUUUGCAGUUUUUAUGGUUCACUUGGCCACCAUCCCAAUCACUGGUACUAGUAUCAAUCCAGCUAGGAGCCUUGGACCUGCAGUGAUCUACAAUCAGGAAAAGGCUUGGGACGAUCAGUGGAUAUUCUGGGUAGGACCCUUCAUUGGUGCAGCCAUUGCAGCCUUGUAUCAUGAGUAUAUUUUGAGAGCUAAAGCCUUUGGUUCAUAUAGAAGCAGCUCCCAUGUUUGA